AUGGCAAAAUAUGAUAUAAUUUGUUUAUUGGGAAAUGAUGGUUGUAGAAAAACAAGUAUAUGUGAAUUAAUAAAUUCAAAAAAAGCAGUUAUUCAUAAUAAUAAUAUUAUUGCUAUUGAACGUGGUAAUGAAUUAGCAAAUGAUUAUGGAAUUGAUCCAACUAUUAUUGAUAAAUUAAUAUUAGAAUAUACAUUUGAUAAAGAAAAUUUUGAUAAAAUUCAAUUACCAAAUGAAACAAUAAAUGGACAAAAAAUUUAUUGGAUUAUUCUAGAUUGUCAAGUUGAUACACUUCUAAAACGAAUACAAACACGAUCGAAAAAAAGUAUAUGGGAAACACAAAAAGCAUUAAAUUAUUAUCAACAACGUUUUCGUCAUUUAAGUGCUCAUUUUGGUAUACCAUUUAUUGAUACAACACAACAAACUAUACCACAGGUUUGUACUCAAGUACUCGAUGUUAUUGAAAUAUAUUCGAAUUAUUAUCAAUAUUAUCGUCAAAUAGGUACUCAAGUACUUAAUUAUAAUAUUAUUCAAGAAUGUGAUAUUGAAAAUCAACUUUAUAAAAUAAUAAAUAUUUAUGAUAUUAAGCAAAUAAAAGAUUUACCUGAAUAUGAAGAAGAAUUUGAUAAUAUUGACAAAAAAAAAUUAUAUAUAAGAUGGUAUUUAAAUAAUUAUGAAAUAAUUCAAGAAGAAAAUCUUUUACGAAUUGGAGAAUAUGAAUUAUCAAUCAAUGGACCUAUUCUUAAACUCAUUACUGAGGGAGAAUCAAAAAAAAUUUAUAAAGAUAUUAGUGGAAAUCCAUUUACAAAAGAUUUAGCUUUUAUUAUUUUAAAAUCGACGAUUUAUUCACAUUCAAUGCAAAUUACAGGAGAAAUUAAUAAUUUAGGAUCAGUUCGAGCAUGUGGUUCUCAAUUAUUUUUGGAAAUGAUGUGGCGUAAUGAUUUAAAACAUUCUUAUCGUUCAAUUAAUUCAAAUGGUAUUAUAAUUAGUGAUUUUAUUGAUGAAAUUACUCCAAUAGAAGUUAUUGUUAAACGAUAUUGUGAAGGAACUGAUAAAAAUUCAUUUUAUGAUAUAUUAAAUAAUGAAAAUAUUGUUUUAACAAAUGGUAAUGGGGAAUAUUUAUCUGGUCCGUAUGUAAGACUUGAUUGGAGAAAUCCAAAUCAUAUAUCACCAACAACAAAAAUAGCAUUGACGAAAAAUAUAUAUUAUUAUAUAUAUGAACAAGCUGUUGGCAAAGAAGAAUUUUUUAAGAAAAUUCUUUCUAAUCCAAAAUAUGCAAUAUCAGUUGGAGAUAAAAAUAUAACUGAAGAUUUAUUGAAUGAUGUAAUUAAUAUAAAACAAACAAAAUUAUCUGUAUUAAAAAUGUUUAUGAUAAUACAAUCAUAUUUUUCUCGUGUCAAUUUAUUAAUUAAAGAUGUUUGUUUUAUGCUUAAUAAAAGUGGUGAAGAAUUUUGGAGUGAAAUUAAUCAAGAUUGUAUGAGAAUAACAAUGAUAGAUAAUAAUCAAAAUAAAUUUGAUAAAGAUAUAUGGCGAAAAGGUGGUUCAUCUUCACGUGAACAAAUAUUAAAUAAAUGGAAUGAUUUUAAUAAAAUAUUUUAUGAAUAUUUUAUGAAAAAUAAAUUUCAUGAAACAGAAUUAUUAAAUAAUAAUUAUUAUUUUUAUAAACAAGAAAUUCAACAAUUAUUAAAUAAUACAAAACUUAAAAUUCCAUCCAAUUUAAAAUCAUUAUGGUUAAAUAUACAAGGAAAAAAUCCUCGACGUGUUAUUGUUACUAUGGACAUGUUUAAUGGACAACCAGUAUUAGUUAAAAGUUCCCGAGUAUGUGAAAUACAUAAUAAUGGAGAUUAUGAACAAGCAAUGAAAUAUCUAUCGAUAUUUCCUGAUAUAUUAGUUGUUGAUUUAAAUGGUGCUUUUGGAGAACUUAAUAGAAAAAAUCGUGAAAUUAUUAAAAAAUUAGCUCAAAAACAUUAUGUUCAUACAGGUGGUGGUUUAAGAUCAUUAAAUGAUAUUGAUGAUAUGUUAAAAUCUGGUAUACGUCGAUGUGCUAUAGCAAGUGCUGAUGAUGAAUUAAUUGAAAAAAUAGCAAAGAAUCGUUUAAUUAUUGAAGUAAGUAUUAAUGAAGAAAAUGAAGUACUUAUUCAUGGACGUCGAACAAAUACUCAUAUAAAUAUAAUAACAAGAAUAAAUCAAUUAAUUCAAAUUGGUGUUAAUGUUAUUAGUAUAACAUUUGUUCAAACUGAAGGACAUUUAUCAGGUAUUCCUCGUCAACAAAUACAUGAUUUAAUUUUACAAAUUCCUUCUAAUAUUGAAAAAAUUUAUAUUGGUGGUGGAAUAAGUACAUUAGAAGAUUUAGAAUAUCUAUGGUCAUAUCCACGUAUUAUUCCAUUACUUGGUUCAGCAAUAUGGAAAAAUAAAUUAACAAUUGGAAAUAUAUAUAAUAGUAUGAUUCAUUUUGAUGAAAAUGGAAUUGUACCAGCUAUUAUUCAAGAUAAAAAUGGAAUUGUUAAAGGUUUAUGUUAUAUGAAUAGAGAAUCAAUUGAAGAAACAUGUCAAGAACGAAAAUUAUAUCGUUAUUCAAGAAAAUUACAAAGAUUAAUAAUGAAAGGUGAAACAUCAGGUGAUAUUCAACAUAUUAUUCAAAUAAGUCUAGAUUGUGAUGGUGAUACAAUAUUAAUUACAGUUGAUUCAAAAAAUCCAUUUUGUCAUACUGGUCAUCAUAGUUGUUUUAAUUUACAAACAAGUAUUAAAGCUAAUUUUGGUACAUUAGCUGAUCAUAUUAAAUCGAAAAUUGAUUCUGAUAGUUAUUCAGGAAAAAUACAACGAAAUCCACAAUUAGCACUUGCAAAAAUAAUGGAAGAAUUUUGGGAAGUUGUUGCAGGUCAUGAAGAUAAUCAAAUAUCUGAAUGUAGUGAUUUAUUUGUUCAUCUUAUUAUGUAUUUAAAUGGCAUGGGUAUAACAAUUGAAGAUAUUUCUAAUGAAUUAAAUUCACGUCGAUGGAAAGAAAAACAAAAUAAUAAUCAAGAUAUAACAGAACAAAUAUCAAAAGAAAUUAUUAUUGGAAUAACAACAUCGAAAUAUACGGAAAAAACUGAUAGAUUUGCCGAAGAAGAAUUAGGGAUUAAAAUAACUCGACAUACAAAUAGAAAUUUUCAAGUUAAUGGAGAAAUAAUUGAUGAAAAUAAAUUUUCAAAAUAUUUUGGUAAUGAAUCAAAUAUGAAAUUAUCAUUUCAUUCAAGUAAACCAAAAGAUAUGAUAUGGUUAUUAGCAUCAAAACGUGUAACACAUAUUAUUUCAUUUGAACCUGUUGUCAAAAAUUAUCCGAAAGUUUAUUCGGUUAUUCAUCAAAUUAUUGAUCCAACUAUUUGUCUUGCACUCCUAUGUCGUAAAGGUGCAAUUAUAGAACCAGAAAAAUGGACAUAUGAUAAUAAAUCAUUAAUUGCUUCGGAACAUAUUUGUCAAGUUACGAAAUUUUUUGAACAAAUUAAUAUUAAUCAUCAUACAUAUCAUUUGGAUAAAGUUACAGGUUCAUCAGAAGGAUUUUUAAGUAAUACAAGUAAAUAUCUAUUAGCUGAUGCGAUUGUAGAAAGUGGAAAAACUGCACAAGAAAAUAAUUUAGAAAUAUGGAAAAUUAUUGUACCAAGAGGACAAAUACAUAUUGGACUUUAUGGAUGUUUAAAUUAA